UUCUAUUGAGAAAAAGAAACCAAGUGAAAACCAAGUAGAAAUUAAGAAAGUAUAAGUCCAAAUCACAAGAGAAUUAGUGUACUGUUAAUAGAGAAUUAGUAUUUAGAUCAUGGUGUGCGUGCUUGGUAGAUGGAGAGAGUGAUAGUGCUCAUGUGUGAUUUUAUUUACUUUUGAGAAAUUAUACUUAGCCAAUUGUGUUGUUUCAAGGGAGUAUUCUUGGAGGUUUCUAAUUGAGAUAUAGGUUGAGGCAUCCCGGGGUUCGUUUGUCAAGGGGGUUACUUUUAGUUUAUCUUCAUAUUCACUAGGCUGUGUGAUUCUAAAGGACUAGGUCUAUGGUUCAUAUAGGAGUGUCCUAGGGUUUAGGUUGUCUGGCGUAAUGACAUAAUCAAUUUCUUGCUCUAUAACAUUGACUUAAUGAAACAUCUCAAGUGUCAUGAGGAUGACUGCACAUAGGUCAAGUUCACCGAAUUAGGAUAAAAUAUUAGUGUAUUCUUUUUAUCCCUUAAACUUUUUAAUUACUUGUUUUAAUUAUUUGUGCAUAGAUUGUGUUAGAGUUUUGGGAUUUAAAUCAAUUCCAAUUCUUAAGUUAGUCCAGGUUAUAUAGUAGGAAUACACAAGUCAAGAACACCCCUACUCGUUACUAAUAAUAUUUUUUUUUUCUAUCCUUACAUAUUAACGUUGGCUUAUAUGUGUAAGCUAAGUUGUUAUUAAAUGCCAGUCUCUAUUAAUCGACAAAAACAAUUUAGUAAUGACACUUUUAGCGUGACAGCCUCGUGGCCAUUUCUUAGUUGACGGUAAAUUUAAUUUAGGCAACGUCCUUGCAUGAGUAGUCGUCACUAAUAUGCGAAUUUCUUGUAGUGGAUCUUGUUACUAUAGUUUGGCCUGUAUACUUUUGGACGGAUAAAAUCUGACACACCACAUUUGACGACUUAUAUGGUUGGUUGAAAGUUAAAUGUGAUUUAAUAUGUGUCCAAAAUUUCAUAACCAAUGGUGGGAUUGGUCAAGUUGUUAGUAAGUUGGUCUUGAGAAUGAGUACAGGAAUAUCUCAAGCGAGUGGUCCUUGAUUCGACUCCAGUGGAAAAUAAUAAUUCUUGAAAAGGGGGUGAGUUGGUACAAAUUCCUGUAGAACUAUCUCUAAGGAAAUCGAUAAAAAUAUAUAUUUCUAAAAUGCCAUAGCUAUCAUCAUAUCCUAUCACUAUGCUAUAGAUUUUACAUAAAGCAACGAUAGAUUCAUCUGUAGCAAGUUGUCAUUUUAGUAACAAGAAAAAUGAAAGAUAAGAAGAUCAGAUAAUAAAUUAAACUAUUUGAUUAAAGAGACUCAAACACCAUUCGAACAAACCACGUAAUUUAAAUACGUAAACUUCCAUAUAAUAAAGAAAAUGGAUAGAUUUCAUCAAAGCACUGGAAAAAUAAUUAUUUACAUUUCUAAAUAAGAAUAGCUUUUCUAUUUCAUAACUUAUGAUAGAUAUAUAUCCCCUUCUUGCUAAUGAAGAGUUUUUUUUUUUGUGAAAUGCUAAUGAAGAGUUUAAUACCCUCACAAGUGGACCAAAAUGUUUAUUUAAUUUUUCACUUCUCAAAUAUAUCGUUGCAUUACUAAAAAAAAUAUCGCAAAUGACAGCUGCUACUGUGAUAAAAGGUUAGCUAAUUCUUUGAAGACACAAUUAUUGUAUUUGCGUACCACACAAUACAAUGAGCAUAUACCUAAAUUAACUUUUACCAUCAGGGAAAACAUUUUUUUAGCUUUUCAUUGAGCGUAGGAGCACAACUUAAAAAUCAUAUAAAUGCUUAUUGAUCCUCUCAAGGCAAUGUAAAAGGAAAUGUCUUGUAGAAUAACUGAACGAGUAAUAAACAUGCAUCUGAUUAAUAUUUUAUUCAAUCAGCUUUAGGGUUUUCAAUUAACUAUUUUUAAAAUCAUACGUUCUAAGUUGAAAACUAUAAUACUCAGCUGACAUAAUAAAAAAUGGCAAAAAACUCGUAUAUGCUUAGCUUCUGUAGUUUUCCAAGUUGUCUAUAAAUUUUGUCUCAGCCAAUCUGUGUUGACCACAGUUUCAUAACACAAUUUCUUCCUUCUUUUAGUGAAAUUUAUGUCUUAUUGGAAUUUCCCCUUCACUUUGCAAAGAAAGAUGGAGUUCAAUUCCCAAAACCCUAACCAAUCUGAGAUAAGAUGGAGCUCAGAUGAUCAGGCUGGUCCUGGACAAGUAAAAUAUUCUUGUUCCUUUUGCCAAAGAGGGUUCUCAAAUGCACAGGCCCUAGGAGGCCACAUGAAUAUCCAUAGAAGAGAUAGGGCUAAACUCAAACAAUCUGCUGAGGAAAAGUUGCUUUCUUUGGACAUCUCAAUCAAAACCACUGGCGAUCCAAAUGACCCUUCUGAUUUGGAAGAGAAAUUUUUGUUUCGGCUGGGUGCUGGUGAAGAGAAGCAAGCAAGAAACCAUAAAUAUCCAUUCAGUUUUCCUCACAAAGAUGAUCAUCAUGGUCAUGUUCCACAAAUUCCCCAUCUGCCUUCUUUUGAGGAGAAGACAGCUGAAUUAGACCUCGAGCUGAGGUUAGGGCUUCAUCCUCAGGAGUCAGCAACAUUGAACACUAGAUCGUUCUUUUGAAUAAAGUUUCCAAGUGGAAGAUCAGCGAAAAGUGGCUUUUAUUUCAUACCUAGCUCUUCUUCCAACUUAUCUACAAAAUAUAUAUAUAUAUAUAUAUAUAUAUAUAUAUAUAUAUAAAGGUAAUAUUUGAUUAUGUUUAAGAAUUUAAUUUUGAUGCAGUAUUGAUAUUCUUUUCACUCACAGUACUGUAUCAAAAUUAAAUUCUAUAUAUAAAUAUAUGUCUUGUUAUUAGUUCAAUAAUGGGAAGCUAUCAUGUGAACUUUUAUGUUAAUAUUGCUUUUUGUAUUUUUCUGCUAGCUGUACGUUGUAGCAGAUGGGUUUGCAUGUGAUUUUCUUUUUGUCUUACUUUUUAUUCUUUUGGGGUAAUUACUGUUGUUAUAUCUAUAGUAUAUACUGUUUCUGUAAUCAUACAACUAUUAUUUGAAGUUGUUGUGGUUCGGUUAUUAUAUAUAUAUAAGAAGUUAUAUGUUGGUUUCGAA